CAAGAGCUUCAAGAUUUCUCUGUUUUUGCUCCAUGAAAUGAACCUCUUUGUUCGAUCAAACCCCAGUUUAUGCCUUCACAUUCAUGGCGUUUUAAGGGCUCUUUGCUUUUCCACAGACACAACCGCUAUAUCCCACUCCCUCAACCGUAGGAUCUCCAUGGUAGAAGAUCCGAUGGUCCCUAUUAUUCCAGUUAUAGAAAAAUGGGUUCAAGAAGUCCAAGUGGUUACAAAUAGUGACCUCAAACACUUCAUCAGAAAACUCCGUAAAACCCAUCGUUUUAGCCACGCUCUUCAGAUAUCACAAUGGAUGAGUGACGAAAGGGGGCAUAAUUUAUCACCCGGAGAUGUUGCAGUUCGACUGGAUUUAAUCUCGAAAGUUCAUGGCCUAGAACAAGCUGUGACAUAUUUUAAUAGCGUUCCUGAGAGUUCGAGAGGCUUGGAGGUUUAUGGUGCUCUUUUAAACUGCUAUGCGCACUAUAAGCAUUUGGAGGAAGCGGAGGCCACAAUGCGAAAAAUGAGGGAGAUGGGGUUUGUAAGAAAUGUGUUGUCUUAUAAUGUAAUGCUAAACCUCUAUUAUCAGAUGGGGAAAUACGAGAAACUACAGGUAUUAAUGCAAGAGAUGGAAAAGUGGGGCAUUUGUUUUAGCAAUAUCACAUACAAGAUUUUGUUGAAUGCUUAUGCAGCCACUUCCAACAUUGAGGAAAUCGAGAAAAUUUUGAUGAAGAUGGAAGCAGAUCCUCUCGUCAGCAUUGAUUGGUAUGCUUAUGUUGUUGCAGCGAAUGGUUACUUGAAAGCUGGUCUAAUUGAUAAAACAUUGACAAUGUUGUGGAGAUCAGAACAACUAAUCAGUGGUAAGUCAGCAAGGUUUGCUUGUGAAACUCUUCUCUCUUUAUAUACUUCUGUUGGGAAUAAAGAACAAGUGUAUCGUGUGUGGAAUUUGUACAAGUCUAAAGGGAGGUCCUUGAACUCGAGCUAUCUUUGCAUGAUAAGCUCAUUACUGAAGUUGGAUGAUGUUGAUGGUGCUGAGAGGAUUUGGGGUGAGUGGGUUUCCAUUGUGAAAUUUUUUGAUAUUCGAAUUCCAAAUUUGAUGGUCAGUACUUAUUCCAAAAAGGGCAUAUGGGAAAAGGCUGAGGCAUUUGUAGGCAAGAUUGUAGCGAGUGGGAUCAAGAUUGAAGCAAGCACAUUGGAUCGUCUAGCAACUGGAUAUCAUGUAGGAGGUCAGAUGCUGAAGGCAUCGGAAACAAUAAAGAAAGCAAUUUCUAUUAGUCAACCAGGUUGGAAGCCAAAUGUGUAUACUUUGGCUGCAUGUCUUGAGUAUUUGAAGGGUCAGGGAGAUGUGAAAAAGGUAGAAGACCUUCUGCAGAUACUUAAGGAACAUUGUCAUCUAUCAUCAGUUUCUUGUGACAGUUUAAACAGCAGUAUCAUUGACAAAGAAAACAUGCGUGCCAGAGCCCUUGAUCAUAUGGAAGGUGAAGACCAGGCUCUUAAUGGAGAAACACCUGCUGCCACAGAGUUCGAAGACAAAGAUAGUGCUGAAAUAUGAUGCUUUGAGAAGUAAACUGACUGCGAAAGAAUAAUAUCAUAAUGGAUGAGUGACGAAAGGGGCUAUGACCAAUCAACUAGAGACUUUGCAAUCCGGGUGGACUUAAUUUCAAAAGUUCAUGGUAUGGAACAAAUGCUUGGAAAAUGAUUCCAGAUCGUUUUAGGGGUGUCCAGGUUUAUGGUACCCUUUUGGACACGCACACAAAAAGUGCUUGGAAUAGGCAGAGGCCCUGAUGCAGAAGAUGAGGGAGUUGGAAUUUGUACCGACAUGACCUUAUAAUUUUAUUACUUAGCCUCUAUUCUUAGAUGGGGAAGCAUGAGAAAUUAGAUGCUCUAGUGCAAGAGAUGAAAGAAAAGGGAAUCGAUGGUGACAUGUAUAAACAUUAGGCUGAAUGCUUAUGUAGCCUCUUCCAUCUUUGAGGAAAUGGAUAAACUUCUGACCAAGAUGGAAA